AUGGUGCAGAAUCCCGGUAUGCCCCAGAUGGGCCCCAAUGGCCAGAGUACGUCCUUUGACCUUGACCCUCGAUAUCUCGCCCGGCUCUCUCCCUCUCCCCUCUCCUUUGCCGGAUCCCCUCUCUCACCUCUCGGUGGCGCUUCGGCUGACGUUGUCUCGAAACAAGUGCCGGCAUACCCGCAGCAAUACGCCAACUCACCGUACGGGCAGGUCAUGCCGUCAUCCAUGAGCCCGCAGAACUUCGCUCCCAAUAACUUCAUGAUGGGGGGUGCCGCCGCCGCCGCCGGCAUGCAGGGCUUUCCGAUGCAGCAGCCGCAGCCUGGCAUGCCGCAGCAGCAGGCGGCCCAGAUCAUGCAGCAGAGACUACAGCAGCAGCAGCAGCAGCAGCAGCAGCAGCAGCAGCAGCAGCAACAUCAACAUCAGCAGCAGCAGCAGCAGCAGCAGCAGCAGCACCAUCACCAUCACCACCAGCAGCAGGCCAGCCUUGGAAGCAUGAGCCAGGCAUCGACGCCCCAGCGACCACCCAGCUCUGCUCAGGCGACGCCGACGGGUGCCCUGCCCUCACAGCAGGGCCAGCAGCCGCAGCAGUUCCAGCCGCCGCAACGACCUCCGUCACAGGGUCAGACGCCUGUCAACUUUCAGCAGCCCCCGCCGUCGGUCGACUCCGCCGGGACGCCACAGACGCCGUCGUUUCCUCAGCAGCACCCGCCGCAGCAGCACCCGCAGCAGCAGCACCCGCAGCAGCAGCAUCUGCAGCAGCAGCAUCUGCAGCAGCACCAGCAGCACCAGCAGCAACUCCAUCUCCAGCACCAGCAGCAGCACCAGCAGCACCAGCAGCACCAGAACCAGCUGCAGCAGCACCAGCAGCAUCAGAAUCAGCAGCAGCAGCACCAGCAGCAUCAGAACCAGCUGCAGCAGCACCAGCAGCAUCAGUAUCAGCAGACCCCUCAGCACCAGCAGCAGCAGACCACGCAGCAUCAGCAGCAGCAGCCGGCCAUGCAGACUCCCGGCGCCGCCCCCGGAAGUGUGCCCCCACCCAGUCCCGGUGCUGAUGCUCGCGAUAAGGAGCGGUUUGCCCUGCUCCUCGACAUCAACCACGAGCUCCUGUACGAGUCGAUACAGAUCCAGACAUCGCAGCAGGAGAUCAAGAAGGAGCUGUCGGCCGGUGGAGGCCUGGCACAGGACAGGAAGCCGACUGAGGAGGAGGCGAUGCUGCAGCAGGACUAUGUGCAGUGCAUGCGCCGACUGCAGGCCAACCUAUCGUACAUGGCGUCGCUGGCCGAUCGCAAACCCGACACCAAGCUAGCUCCCUGCCCCGCGUACCUGACGGCCCCGAACCUGACCCUGGCCGUCAAGCUGCGCGCCCAACCCAUCGUCCCCGAGGGGAGCGAGCUGAGGAUCGACCCGGUCACGGACCGCGAGGAGCGCGCCGAAGCCAUCAAGGACCUCUACGCCCGCCUGCAGGCCUGCUUCCCGGGCAUCGACCCCACCAAGGAGCCCGCCUUUCGUCCGCCGCCGCAGCCCGGCAUGAUGGCGGGAGGAACACCGCAGCAGAAGCAACAUCAGCACCAUCUCCAGCAGCAGCAGCAGCAGCAGCAGCAGCAUACUGCCAUGAUGAUGGGCCAGGCUAGUCCUACGCACAAGACGCCGCACAUGGGACAUAUGCCUGCACCUCCCACGCAGGGUGGCAUC